AUGGAUGAACCUCCAGAUAUUAGAAGAUCUGAGAGAAUAGCAGCUAAAAAUAACAACAUCUCCUUUGUGACUCCACACUUCUCAACAACAGCAUUCGAACAUUCCUUUGUGGAGUUGCCUAGUGAAGUGACAAAAACUCACUCAGUCUUGACACCUUCAAAGUCUGUGCCUAUGAAUUCUUCUGAAAUAGGAACCAGAAGGUCAGCCAUGUACAUCAACUUAAUAAUCCGAGCCCAGUCUACUGAAUCAAUUAACCCUUCGUUGGUCGCGCUAUGA